AUGUACAUAAAUUUCGCCCAUUUCCUUAUUCCAAAAAUUAGUGCUUUGUGUUCAGUGCUAAUCAACCCAUUGACUGUGUACAUCGUUUGGAAUGAUAAGAAACUUCAGCUAGGUCCUUAUCGAUAUCUUUUGUUAUAUUUUGCAUUCUUUAAUAUAACAACUUCGGUGGCAGAUAUGCUUGUACCGAUGUGUGUUCUGAAUUAUCGCUACGCGUUCUCGGUUUUUGUGUCCGAGGGAUAUUUUGAUCAGUAUUCCGAGUUCAAUCAAUUUUUCCUCGCUUUUCGGUGUAGCCUAAUUUCUGGAGCCUACGCAGUUCUUCAUGCUCAUUUUCUUUAUCGAUUUUUUGUCCUUUUCAACAAUCAGUUCCUAGCCAGAUGGUUUAUGCCCUAUGGUAUCAUUUUGGCAGUUUUGUACUGCCUGUUUCAUACUGUAUACUGGACAAUUUUUUGUUGGUUUUAUAUGGGCGGCGAUUUCGAUAGAAGAGUAUACAUCAGAGAUUCUAUGUUGGAGCAUCAUGGUGUGGAUGUCAUGAACAUGACAAUAAUCAUUGCUCAGUACUUUGAAGGAACACCCCAGGCAAUGAAAAAGUCUAGAAUUGGAAUCGGUUCUCUGUCAGUUCUCUCAAUUAUUUCUCUUGUUUUCAUCUUUCAUUUUGGCUACAAAAUCUGUCACAAACUUUCCAGUCAAAGUCUGGAAAUGAGCGAAAAGACUAAAAAACUUCAAACUCAACUGAUGAAAGCGCUAGUUGUACAAGCUGCCAUUCCAACAUGUGUCAGUUUUGCGCCAUGCCUGUUUGCAUGGUAUCAGCCAGUUUUUGGGUUGGAUUUGGGAAGAUGGAUUCAACAUGCUGCUGGAAUCGCCGUUGCCACAUUUCCAGCAUUGGAUCCGUUGGCUUUGAUUUUCUUCGUGCCUACAUUUCGAAAGAAAUUCGCGGAAUAUUUUUUGUUCCUGAAAUCGUGCAGGACCAACAGAACUACAUGUUCUCAACAGACAACGACAUCUACAAGCCAACCAAGGAUUGAUAAAUGA